GGUCCAGGAAAACAACAAGCUGACCCAAGAAAGAUUUGUGGUCCGUGAGUCCGGUUGUACUUAUACUAUCAUGAAGUGGGCUUGUUUCCUCUGCCUUCUUGGAUGCUUGCUUGUGGUUGAAGAAGUUGUACCUGCCGCUGCCACCAAACGAUUUCGGGAUGUGAUGACUCGAGGCAGAGCUUCUUCCCAUAUCACAUUCCAUAGGAGGCUCAGUGGUUGGUCUUCGGAUCACAAUAACUGGAAUGAAAAGCUUUACCCUUACUGGGAAGACGGGGAUGCCAGAUGGGAGAACUGCUGGAAAGGGGGGAAGGUCCUGGCAAGUUUGACCAGUGAUAGCCCAGCUCUGGUGGGAUCCAAUGUGACCUUCAGUGUGAAUCUGAAGUUCCCCAGAUGCCAAAAAGAAGACAAUGACAGCAACAUCAUAUAUGAUAGAAACUGCAAAAAUAGUAAGUAAUAGCUACACUCCACAUUUUUAUUCCCCAUUCAGACCAGCAAUAGACUCUAGGGAUUUCCCCCCUUCCUUUUAAAUUUGAGUGAGUAUACACAUAUAGGGGGAAAUAUUAACUGCACACACAACAGCAGCCACAAUAUGUUCCCUGAUGGAAGACCUUUCCCACACCAUCAUGACUGGAGGAGAAGAAACUUCGUGUAUAUGUUUCAUACACUUGGGCAGUACUACCAAAAGACAGGAGGCUCUUCAGCCAUUGUUUCCAUUAACACAACAAAUAUCACUCUUGGCAGCCACAUUAUGGAAGUAUCAAUUUACAGAAGAGGUUUUCGGUCAUAUGUACCAGUAACAACUGCAAGUGCUGUUUAUGUGGUAACAGAUACUAUCCCCUUACAUGUGACCAUGACUCAGAAGAAUGAUCGCAAUGCUUCAGACCAUAUCUUCAUCAAGGACAUCCCUAUUACAUUUGAAGUCCGUGUUCAUGACCCCAGCCACUACCUGAACCACUCUGUUGUUUCCUACCACUGGGAUUUUGGAGAUGGCAGUGGCUCUUUUGUUUUCAGUGAUCCUGUUUCAAUGCACACAUAUACACUCGUGGGAAAUUUCAGCCUUAACUUGACUGUUGAAGCUAUUAUACCUGCCCCUUGUGGACCUGUGACACCUCCUCCACCAUUCCCCACCUUCCCAGCGUUAACGACUAAAGUGGCUCCUAAUGUGACAACUCCUCGCUUUGAUAGUUUAAUGGAACUUCCAAGAAGAGGGACUGCUGAAGGGUGCCAUAUUACCCGAUACGGACAGUAUCAAUCGUCUCUCUCCAUUGCAGAGGGGAUCCUUGGGAUAAAUAUUAUCCAAAUGACAAGUAUCCAGGGGGCAGCUGCUCAAAUGGAGAACUCCAUGGUUGAUUUUGUGGUAACCUGUCAAGGAAG